CGACGAAGUUUACAAACCUCCGUCAGGGGGCGUGAAAUGAAAAGGUUAGGUCGCCCGACAAAAUCUAUUUUAGGCCCGAAAUAUCUGCUAUGAUUAAGGUUCAAUAUGUAAUGUUCGUAUACACAAUUAUAUUGGUUACAAUGCUGGGGACGGCUACGCAAACGAAAAGAAGUCACUCUGAUCAGUCGGUCAAAGGAUACAUCACUGAGAGGACGUGCUGGUGGAAUGAAGUGUGCAAGGAGGAAUUUCAAACACUAUUUAGGUGUAAAUGCCCUUCGUGGUCAUAUUGUCGAAGUCCAGGAAAGUAUUACAACGCAGUUUGCUCAAUGACGGAGACGGGCUACAUCUGGGACCAGCCAAACUCCGAGUGGCGUGGACAGUGAUCAAGAUACUCUUGGCUCCCAAAAUCUCAAAAGCUAGCUCCCUUAUAACCUAAACGUUCGCAAAACGCCCAAAUGUGCCAAAUUUACAAAUUCUCAAAGUGCCACAUCAGCUCUAAUCUCCGAUUGUGCCACGCUCGAACAACGAUUCUAAUUUGAGACUGAUUCACUAGUAAAUGAAAUCAAAUUUCGUCUUAUAUUUUCAUAAUAUUUAGCCUAAGAGAACCUAUUUUUGUUUAUUUCCUUGAAUGUUCAUUGUUGUGCGUCUC